AUACCAAAAAUUCCAUUUCAUUUAGUCUCACGAAGACCUUGACCAAUUUUAGCUUCAUUCCAAGUUUUUAAUAUAGUUUAUUCUACGGCUAAAUUAUUUAAUAGAAGUUCUUCAAGAUACAUUUUUUUAACAAAUUUUUGUUUAAUAACUCUAAUCUCAUGAAACUGAUGACGAGACAUUGUACGUGAAUCUACCUAUGAAGGUAGACAUACAAAAGAAGUAAUUACAGGACUUAAAUUAGGAAUAAUACUCUUUAUUACUUCAGAAGUAUUUUUUUUUUUAUCAUUUUUCUGAGCAUUCUUUCAUUGUUCUUUAUCUCCUGAUAUCUUUAUUGGUCAAAUAUGACCAUGUAAAGGAAUUAAAAGAUUUAAUCCUAUAGGAAUUCCCCUUAUAAACACACUAAUUUUACUGAGAUCAGGAGUGACAUUAACAGCAGCUCAUCAUUUUUUGAUAACAGGGAAAAAAAUAAAAUGUAACAACUUACUGAUUUGUACAGUUAUAUUGGGGGUUUACUUUACAAUUUUACAAUAUAUUGAAUAUAAAGAAGCAUCUUUUACAAUCGCAGACUCAAUUUAUGGGUCUACUUUUUUUAUAGCUACAGGAUUUCAUGGUAUUCAUGUACUAAUUGGAACAAUUUUUUUAUUUAUUUGUUUAGUACGAAGAAAAACAAAUCAUUUUUCAUCUUAUCACCAUUUUGGAUUUGAAGCGGCAGCAUGAUACUGACAUUUUGUAGACGUUGUAUGACUAUUUUUAUACAUUUUUAUUUACUGAUUAGGAAAAUAA